AUGAAAAAAGAACAAGAAUACCCCAAACUUUUGAAUAAAACCGAAGAGAAAGAGUAAAUUAUUGAAGAACCACAUACAGUCUUGAUUAACCCACCUUUUAACAUAUUAUAGACUUAAAACAUUUUUGUUUUGGAAUUUAAGCCUAAUGCUAUGAGCUAACACAACCUUUUAAGAUUCAAGCAUGCCUUGGCCAAAAAGAUUAUCAAAAAAUCUAAUAAAUGAAAAGAAUCAUGAUUUUUCCUAUUUUUAUUAAAUACCUAACAAAAUUAUCGCCAAUAACUUACUUAAAA